GUUGCCCUGGAGACAGAGCGUGCUGAGUCGAUGCGGCGACGCGCCCCAGCUCGGCCUUGGCUCGCCAUCUACAGACGGGGUUCGCAGGACCACCGCCAAGAUGAUGCUUUCAAGAGCCAAACCUGCAGUAGGUGGGGAACUACAGCACACUGACAAAAGAAAGAAGAAAGGUAGGAAGAUUCCAAAACUAGAGGAGCUACUUUCACAAAGAGAUUUCACCGGAGCUAUUACCCUCUUGGAGUUCAAACGCCAUGCUGGAGAACAAGAAGAAGACACUAAUCUGUGGAUUGGCUACUGUGCCUUUCAUCUGGGGGACUACAAGAGGGCUCUGGAGGAAUAUGAAAACGUAACGAAGGAGGAAAAUUGCAACCCUGAAGUCUGGGUGAACCUAGCCUGCACCUACUUUUUUCUUGGGAUGUAUAAACAAGCCGAAGCAGCUGGAUUUAAAGCUCCAAAGAGCCGGCUCCAAAACCGCCUGCUGUUCCAUUUGGCUCACAAGUUCAAUGAUGAGAAAAAAUUGAUGAACUUUCAUCAGAAUCUUCAGGAUAUCACAGAAGAUCAGCUCAGUUUGGCCUCAAUCCACUACAUGCGAUCUCAUUAUCAAGAAGCUAUCGAUAUAUAUAAGCGAAUACUACUAGAUAACAGGGAGUACCUGGCUCUCAACGUUUACGUGGCUCUCUGCUACUACAAGCUGGAUUACUACGAUGUGUCUCAAGAAGUUCUGGCUGUUUACCUUCAGCAAAUUCCUGAUAGCACCAUUGCACUCAAUCUUAAGGCCUGUAAUCAUUUUCGCCUUUACAAUGGCAAAGCAGCUGAGGCAGAACUCAAAAGCUUGAUGGACAAUGCUUCAUCACCCUUCGAAUUUGCUAAAGAGCUCAUCCGACACAAUCUGGUGGUUUUCCGGGGAGGCGAAGGGGCUUUGCAAGUCUUACCUCCUCUGGUUGAUGUGAUUCCUGAAGCAAGGCUAAACCUAGUGAUUUACUAUCUUCGUCAAGAUGAUGUACAAGAAGCUUAUAACUUAAUUAAGGAUCUGGAACCUACUACUCCUCAGGAGUACAUCCUUAAAGGAGUGGUGAAUGCAGCCCUUGGCCAGGAAAUGGGUUCGAGAGAUCAUAUGAAGAUUGCCCAGCAGUUCUUCCAGUUGGUGGGAGGCUCAGCUAGUGAAUGUGAUACAAUACCAGGGAGGCAGUGCAUGGCUUCCUGUUUCUUCCUGCUGAAGCAAUUUGAUGAUGUCUUGAUUUACCUCAACUCAUUUAAGAGUUACUUCUAUAACGAUGACAUCUUUAACUUUAAUUACGCCCAAGCCAAAGCUGCAACAGGAAAUACCAGUGAGGGAGAAGAGGUGUUCCUCCUGAUUCAAAGCGAGAAGAUGAAAAAUGAUUACAUUUACCUCAGCUGGUUAGCUCGGUGCUAUAUCAUGAAUAAGAAACCAAGAUUAGCCUGGGAACUUUAUCUCAAGAUGGAAACCUCUGGUGAAUCCUUCAGUCUCUUGCAGCUCAUUGCUAAUGACUGUUACAAGAUGGGCCAGUUUUACUAUUCAGCCAAAGCCUUUGAUGUCCUGGAGAGGCUAGAUCCCAACCCUGAAUAUUGGGAAGGCAAAAGGGGCGCAUGCGUGGGCAUUUUCCAGAUGAUCUUAGCAGGGAGAGAACCCAAAGAAACACUUCGAGAAGUUCUCCAUUUACUGAGAAGCACAGGUAACACCCAAGUAGAAUACAUCAUCCGAAUCAUGAAGAAAUGGGCCAAAGAAAACAGAGUACCUAUCUAAAAUAGCCCUGUGGUCUAAGCCUAUGGACCAGCUUCAACUUUGACAUACAAUUGGAAGAUGUUUUCCUUAAGUUGAAGCAAAGAUACAGAGCUCUACUUGAUUGACAUGUACCUUCGUUGCUCAAGACCCAAGAUCAGUAACCGACUGUUUAAGACCUAGUCUCCUGGCCUAAUCAAGUGCCAUAGUCUGCGCUGUGGCCCUGUUAGGAUCCUACCAGCAAUAAGUCAUUGGAUUUACCUGGUGCCUUUCUUCAGUGUACUCUCAUGUCAUUUAAGACAUUCCUUUUCAUGGUAGGUUUCAUGGUAUUUUCUCCUAGUGCAAUAAUAAGUAACUUCGAUGAUAACGAAUCACUAUCACUUUGUCAUCUGACCAUCUCUCAUUUAUGAAAAUUAUCCCGCUUUUUUAAAGGGAAUUCCAUAAAGAGUUUUGUAACACA